CGGGAAAGGAUCUAAAAAAGUUCAGCGGACUUGCGACCACGCAGAAAAGCGAAGUCUCUGCUUGAGCUUUGGUUUUAAAGGUUGGACAACAUGUCUACUACAGUGCGGGCGCCUCAGCAAUAUAGCCAGCCCUCGAGGAAGGGUAAGAAGGCUUGGAGAAAGAAUGUGGAUGUUACGGAGGUCCAAGAGGGUCUUCGGUUGUUGAAGGAUGAAGAGAUCAAAGGAGGCGUGUUAGCAGAACAACCCUCUGAAGAACUGUUCGUCAUCGACACAAAAGGCUCGUCCGAAAUCCGCGACUCUUACCGAAAACAACACAAAAAGCUUCUCAAGUCGGACGAAAUUCUCGCACAACGAUCCGCAAUUGGCGCCGUCGACACACGGAAACGUGGAAGCUCAAAGGUUACAGAUGGCGUGAUUGAACCCAGCACUAAGAAGCACAAGAGCGACUGGGUCUCGAAGAAGGAAUGGCAGCGCUUGAAACAGGUGGCCAAGGAGGGUAACCCGCUCGGAAAAUCUAGCGAUAGUGGCUUCUAUGAUCCCUGGGCGGAUGAGGCCGACCCCACGCCCCUCGAUGACCCCCAGUUUGACUAUCUGGAGAAGCCCAAGCCUAAGGUCGCUCCGGAGACACUGAAGCGGGCGCCGGUUUCGCUCGCGGCGAAUGGAAAGGCGGUCAAGGCUGUGCGAACGCCUACUGCUGGGACGAGUUAUAACCCGACUUUCGAGGAGUGGGAUCAGCUGUUACAGGAGCAGGGCCAAAAGGCCGUUGACGAAGAGAAGAAGCGGCUGGAGGAAGAGCGCAAAGAGGCAGAGCGACAGCGCCUGAUCGAAGCGGCACAGAAUGAAGAUAGUGAUGCAAAGUCGGAUGAUGAGAGCGCGUGGGAAGGUUUUGAGAGCGAGUAUGAGAAGCCGGAAUGGCUCAACAAGAAGCGACCGGAGAGAAAAACCAAGACCCAGAGGAACAAGAUCAAGCGAAGAAAGGAAGCCGAACGACUGGCCAAGUGGGAGGAACAGAAGAAAAAGAAGGAGGACCAAAUUGCCCAGGCCAAGGCUAUUGCUGAGCGCCUCAAGGAACAGGAGGGCCAGUUGGCUAGUGACGGUGACGAUUCAUCAGACGAGGGAGAUGACUCCGUCUUGCGCCGGAAGCCUUUCGGAGGCAAGAUCAAGGCUCCCGAGAAGCCAGUAGAAGUAGUCCUACCCGACGAACUUCAAGACUCACUACGCCUGCUCAAGCCAGAGGGCAAUCUUCUUGACGACCGAUUCCGGACGUUGAUUGUUCAGGGCAAACUCGAGUCGCGUAAGCCCGUAUCGCAACCGAGAAAGGCCAAGAGAGAAGUGACUGAGAAAUGGGCGUACAAAGACUUCAAGGUCCCUGGUUUAUGAUAUACCUAAUCUCUUUUUCUGUUUAUAUUUCUACUAGAUAUCACAUUUCAUGGGCAGCAGGAUACAAAAAGUCGAUUCUCAUUCUUACCAGUAGCAGU